AUGUCAAACAAUUAGAGAGAUAAGACAACCAAGCCAUUUUACUUUGAUCCCGAACAACACGAAAUUCCUUCCAGAGCUGAAGAUUACAACAAGAGUCCAGCAUAUGUAGAGGCCAAGGACUUAGAUUUCAACUGUUAAACAUAUGCUUAUGCUUACAGUUAAACUGUGGUGAGAAGACUUGCUGCUGAGCAGCCAGACUUCUUUGAAGAGAAUGGAACUACCAAGCUAGAUUUAAUCAUGCAUCUCGUUAAUAACAUGUGUUUACCUGUCACAAAAUAUAAGAACAGAAUGUUUAGAGAAAGAACAGCAGAAAUUAAGUCAGAAUAUCAUCUCAAGGAUGAGAUUAGAAGAUUAUCUAAUGGAGGUGAUAAAUUCCAUCCAUACAUUUGA